UUCUUUUUGUUUAGGAGGAGACAUCACUAUGAAGGGCAAAGUGUCGGGCUUAGCGUGGCUAGGCUUACUCUUACUACAGUCUUCAUUUGUGCUUAGUCGAAUCGCUUUCGAGAAGCUCACUGAUGUUGACUUUUCGGGCACUGCCUACUACACAGUACGCAACUUGUCGCUGUACGAGUGCCAUGGAUGGUGCAGAGAAGAGCCCGAUUGUCAGGCAGCUUCAUUCAGUUUCGUGCUGAAUCCUUUAACUCCAGUUCAAGAAACUCGCUGUUUACUGCAGAAUGAUACUCAAGCGAAUAAUCCUAUGGCCACACCGCAGCGUUCAGUUAACACGUACUACAUGGUGAAACUACAAGUGCGUUCGGAGGGUGUGUGCUUGCGGCCGUGGGCAUUCGAAAGAGUGCCAGGCAAGUCGCUGCGGGGACUGGACAAUAGUAUAAUCUACACCUCCACCAAAGAGGCCUGCCUCGCUGCCUGCCUCAAUGAGAAAAAGUUCCCAUGCCGGUCUGCGGAGUAUGAAUACGGAAGUAUGCGUUGCGCUCUCAGUGAUUCUGACAGACGCACUGCGCAGCCAUUUGUGCAGCUCGUUGAUACACCCGGCGCUGACUACUUUGAGAAUUUGUGCCUGAAGGCGUCGCAAGCAUGCAAAGGAUCUAGAAUAUUUACGGCGCCCCGAGUGGGAGUCGCCGAGGAUAAAGUAGCGCAGUACGCUGGCUUACACUACUACACUGACAAGGAGCUCCAGGUGACAUCAGAAUCAGCUUGUCGGCUCGCGUGUGAAAUUGAAUCCGAGUUCUUGUGUCGAUCCUUCUUAUAUCUCGGAGCACCUCACUCGUCCACAUACAACUGCCGUCUUUACCAUCUUGACCAUAACACCUUACCAGAUGGACCCUCAGCAUACCUGAAUGCUGAAAGACCUUUGAUCGACGAUGGAGAACCUAUUGGAAAAUACUUUGAAAACUUCUGUGAGAAGCCAGCUGCCACUCCGAGCGGAGAGUUGCCUGUCUCAAUAGAACACCAUCAAGAUACCAACAUGUCUAACAACUUAACGAGAAACGACGCCAAUUGUGACAAGACUGGUACCUGCUAUGACGUGUCCGUUCACUGCAAAGAUACAAGGAUCGCUGUGCAAGUUCGUACAAAUAAGCCGUUCAACGGAAGGAUUUACGCAUUAGGUCGUUCAGAAACUUGCAACAUAGAUGUAGUUAACAGCGAUCUCUUCAGAUUGGACCUUACAAUGGCAGGACAGGAUUGUAACACGCAGAGUGUGACCGGUGUGUACUCUAACACUGUCGUUCUUCAACAUCACAGCGUGGUCAUGACGAAAGCGGAUAAGAUUUACAAAGUGAAAUGCACAUACGACAUGAGUUCAAAGAACAUCACAUUUGGAAUGGUGCCCAUCAGAGACCCGGAGAUGAUUUCUAUCACUGCGGCUCCGGAGGCACCGCCACCGCGUAUCCGCAUCCUGGACAGCCGCCAGCACGAGGUGGAGACCGUCCGCAUCGGAGACAAGCUCACUUUCCGCAUCGAGAUACCGGAAGACACUCCUUACGGCAUCUUUGCACGCAGCUGUGUUGCGAUGGCGAAGGAUUCAAAAAGUACUUUCCAGAUUAUCGACGACGAAGGAUGUCCCGUUGAUCCAUCGAUAUUCCCAGCCUUCAUUCCCGAUGGUAACGCACUUCAAUCAGUGUACGAGGCCUUUAGGUUUACGGAGUCUUAUGGUGUUAUAUUCCAGUGCAAUGUGAAAUACUGUCUUGGUCCUUGCGAGCCGGCGGUUUGUGAAUGGGGUAGAGAAUCAAUUGAAUCUUGGGGAAGGAAGAAGCGUUCGCUACCGCACAACGAGACAGGUGAGACUCGGCAAGAGGAAGAUAUGAACAUAUCACAAGAGAUCCUCGUCCUUGACUUCGGCGAUGAGAGACAGAGUACUGACUUCUUACGGUCAGACAAGCCUGGUGGUAGUGCCAGCGAAGCCAACUUUGGUGAAAAAACCGUGACUAUUGUCGAACCGUGCCCCAGCAAGUCCUCCGUCUUGUUGCUUGGCGUCGCCUGUGCUCUACUUGUACUGCUCUACAUCGCGACCAUUUUCUGUUACUACAUGCGGAAGUGGCUCGCACCACCCAAACACAUGUCAUAAAUCCCACUAUCUCCAUAAUCUGUGAAGUAUUUGUAACGUUCCAACGCUUUUCCACAGAGGAACUUGUGAUACAAAUGACUGAUUUGAAAUUCCGCGAUGUCACUCUCAUGUCAUUAUAUCCGUCCAUUUAAUUAAGUUAGGAAUCGUGGUGAAGAUAUUUCGUGUAAUGUAACCACCGCGUAUCUUACGUUUACCUGAUGGUAAUCGAUUGCAUUUGAAAGCAUUUACUAAUUUUAAGUAGUUAUACGAAUGUAGGUACAACAUGUGGCUAAUAUUAAUUAUUAUUAAACAAUACUAUGCGUAUGUUAUAGACGCAACGAAUUUUAACUUUAGUUUUUAUGGUAUGUUUAGGAAAUAGAAUUAAAUUCGGAAUUUGCAUUUACUAAGCGAUAAGCUGUAACUAGGUCAAUUUGAUGUAUUAUCAGUAGGUAUUUAAUUAUUUUGGAAUAGUCCCUGAAAAUUUUUAUCUAACUCAUUCAGUGAUUUGAAGGAACUAUUCUGAAUUUGAACGAUCGGUCUAGUUGAGUAAUAAAUUGGCAGAAUUCUUCAUAAGAAUUAACUUUAAGUUCCAAUAUUUAACGUAAUUGUGCCCAUUUAUGACUUAUAUCAAUAUGUAGUAGCUUUUUUUCUAAAACUUUUACAAAGGUAGAUUGAAAGACAAUCUUGUAAAUAUACUGUUAUCUGUCAGUUUAGGCACUAACAGUUUUAUUUUUCUACGCCUGUUGAACUUUCAGUUGGGUUCUGUUGAAAUAUGACUUAGGAACUGAGUUGUAUUAUGUAUUUUUUAUAUAAUUUUUAUACUUAUGAGACGACAAUAAUAAGUAUUUCUCUUAACCCAACUUGAGAUUUCUUCUUUAUUUAUUUAGAAUAACUUUUAACACCUAUUUAUUUUUUAUUUUAAUAAAUGAAAUAAAUUUGUACAAA